AUGGCGAGACGCGAUUCUGCUGGAUCGAAAUAUGGCCUGGAGGAAGACGUCCUGCCAGAAGAAUCUCAAAUGCACGCAUGGCCUAACAUCGAAGACGACGAAAUCGAACGAGAGCUAGAAGAAGCCGAAGAAAUCCAACAGCCCCACCAACACCGCCCAGUAAUAAUAAACGACGAGAAAUCUUCCAACAACAACCCUCUCUCCAGAACUCUAUCCCGAAGGUCCGCCGCCUCAUCAUGGCUCGAUCCCGGCCCACCACCCGACGGAGGCCUCCAAGCCUGGAUCCAAGUCGCAUGCACGCACCUCACCAUCUUCACCACCUUCGGGUACAUCACCUCCUUCGGCGUCUUCCAGACCUACUACGAAACCGCCCUCGGCGUCUCCCCCUCCACCAUCUCCUGGAUCGGCUCCGUCCAGAUCUUCCUCCUCUUCGGCAUCGGGACCUUCUCCGGCCGCGCGACAGAUGCAGGGCUCUUCCGGCACGUCUACCUCGCCGGAGCAGUCUUCCAACUCCUCGGCGUCUUCUGUACCGCGCAAUCCACGAAUUUCUGGCAGCUGUUCCUCAGCCAGGCGAUAUGUACGGGCAUAGCGAAUGGGCUACAAUUCUGUCCGGCCAUGGCUCUGGUCACGACGUAUUUCGCCAAACGAAGAGCUUUCGCCGUCGGAGUGACUGCUCUGGGGUCUUGUACGGGCGGGAUAGUGUUUCCGAUUGUCGUCCAGCAGGCCCUUCCGAAGAUUGGAUUCCCGUGGACAAUCCGCAUCAUUGGAUUCAUCAUGCUGGCGUUCAACGUGAUUACCAUCGCUCUCUAUCGCAUUCGGCUGCCGCCGAGGAAGUCCGGACAACUGGUGGACUGGCAAUCUUUCCGGGAACCUCCGUACACACUCUACUGUGUCGCCAUGUUCUUCUGUUUCUGGGGCCUAUACUUUGCCUUCUUCUACAUCGGAUCCUACGGCCGCGACGUCCUGGGCGUGUCCUAUCAGCAGUCAAUCAAUCUGCUGCUUACCGUCGUCUGCAUGGGGUUCAUCUUCCGCAUCCUCCCAAACUACUUCGCCGACAAACUCGGAACUCUCAACACUCUGAUCCCAUUUGCUUUCCUCUGCGGCAUCAUGAUGUUCGGCUGGAUCGGCGUCCGUUCCCUCUCCGGUCUCUACGUCUUCGCAGCCCUCUACGGCUGCGGAAGCGCUGUCAUUCAAGCGCUAUGGCCGGCAAUGUUCGGCAAUCUGAGCAGAAUUCCGGAUCUGAAAAAAGCGGGCGUGAGAAUGGGAAUGGCGUUUACGAUUGUGAGUUUUGCGAGUUUGACGGGACCGCCGUUGGCUGGGGCUUUGAUCCAGCAGAAUGAGGGUGAUUAUCUGUAUGCGCAGGUCUGGGCGGGGAUUUCAUUCUUCGUGGGUGGGGCGUUGUUGCUUGUUACGAGGUGGGCGAAGGUUGGGUGGGAUUGGAAGGCAAGGAUAUAG